UAAUAAGAUUAGUAGUAAAAAGAUGUAACUAUUACUGUUAACAUAAAUAUCACGAUAUCAACGUCACCAAAUGAAAUUACUAGGCUAUUGGUAAAAAGGUGCGUGCAUGAGCACUUAGGAAGAAAGUUUAAUUGUGACUAGAGGCGUGGGAUGAACGAACGUGACGGCGAAGUAUAUAUGCGAACAUCUUGAUCUCGAACUAAUAAAAGACGAAGGAAAGAAAAAGCAAACGAGAUGAUAGCAGAACAAAAUGGGUGGAUGUUUGAUCGAAGGUGGCGACUGUUGUAGCGGAAAGAUAGCGAAGUGAUCACGAAACGGCGAACAUGACUCUAGGCAACGGAUGCGAUGGGACAAUUACUUAUAUGGACAUAUCUCUUGCUGCUAACUGUGUUGUUAGCACCGAUGCAGAAAGUCGCAGCAUGCAGCUGUGCGCAGGCUCAUCCGCAAACCAAAUUUUGUGAAUCAGAUUUUGUCGUCGUGGUGAGGGUGAAAAAGGUUCUCCCCGUGAACGAUUACGAGAUCGCUUACAAGGUCAAGAUAAACAGAGUGUUCAAAUCCAACCCAAAGGCCGACAUGGCUCUGAUGCAGAACCUUUUACGGACACCGUCCACGGACUCGAUGUGUGGAGUGACACUGAACGUUGGCGAUACAUAUGUUGUAAACGGAAGGAUAAUCUCAGGGAAAGCGCUAAUAUCAGUCUGCGGGCUUUCGAUAAGAUGGGCUGAUACAACCACUAGACAACGCAAGGGAUUGAGACAACUUUAUCAACAAGGCUGUGUAUGCGACAUUUUGUAUACACACUGGAGACGCAAGGGUGCCGUGCUAGAGUCCAGCGGCGGGAAGAAUUGUCUGUGGGAAAGCACACCAGGCCCCCAGGAUUGCCAAGAAAAAUACGGCGUGUGCAUGGCGUCACACAGUGGCUGCUCUUGGGUUCCCUCUGUUCCGUACAAAAAUUGUAUCAAGGAAUACCAGCGUAAACGCGAGCAGCAAAGGUCACGAGAGCCUUAAUUAGUACUUUAGUAUCGCAUUCUGCUCGAGUCCUCGCGACGGAAAGCAAUGAAAUUUUUAUCGGUUGUAAAACAAGCGGCGUGUCUGCCAGUUAAUUUCAUAAUGAUGGACACACCGCGUGAUUGAGUCACUGAGAGACGAAGUGGGAUAGCGAUAGUUUAAUGGAAAAGCAUAUUUGCAGUACAUGAAAAUGGAAGAUCUAAACCAUUUUUCUAUAUUGCGCAAAAUAAGUUGAGUAACAUGAUAGUUUAAUAGUCGGUUACCGUACAUAUACAAAUGCAUGAGGCAAAAAA